CUCGCGCAGCCAGACGGAGCUCCGAGCCUCGCGGUCUCCGGACGCCGGCGGAGGUCUGCACCGGCCAUGUGGGGGCCGGGGGUCACGGCCGAGGGCCUGUCGGUGGCUCCAGCGCCGCCGCCGCUGCUGCCGCUGCUGCUGCUGCUGGCGCUGGCGCUGGUGGCGCCCUCGCGGGGCGGCGGGGGCUGCGCGGAGCUGGCGUGCGGUGAGCGGGAGCGCUGCUGCGACUCGGCCAACGCCACGGCCGUGCGCUGCUGCAAGCUGCCGCUCCACGCCUUCCUGGACAACGUGGGCUGGUUCGUCCGCAAGCUCUCUGGGCUGCUCAUCCUGCUGGUCCUCUUCGCCAUCGGCUACUUCCUGCAGCGCAUCAUCUGCCCCAGCCCACGCAGGUACCCGCGUGGCCAGGCGCGCCCUGGCCAGGCACGACCCGGGCCUGCUGGAGGCUCCGGGCCGCCGGGGUCCGCGGGGCAACCCGACGACGACGACGACUCGCCUGCUCUGUUGCGCGACGAGGUGGCCGCAGGCUCGCUGGACUCACUGCUGGACAGUGGCGGCGGCCGGGGCCGAGGAGGUGGCGGACGUCUGCCUCCUUCCUGCGUUUCGGAGCACGAGCUGCGGGUGGUGUCGCCGGUUUUCCUCCAGCUGCCCAGCUACGAGGAGGUCAAGUACCUGCCCACCUAUGAGGAGUCCAUGCGGCUGCAGCAGCUCAGCCCUGCGGAGGUCGUGCUGCCAGUGUCGGUGCUGGGCCAUCCUCGAGGCGGUGGUGCCGGGGACCCCGACGGCGGCCAGGGCCGCUUCCCGCUCAUCUGAACGCCAGGAGCCUCAAGGGGAUCACCCGGACUGUACGAGGCUGGGGGCUGCGUGUGGCACUCAACA